CAAAAGUAAGAUGAUAAUACUUGGGUGAUACGAUCAUUUUCUUCACCUGGUAAGAACUCUCUUUUGGACUACCUGUAGCUUGUUUAUUGAGGAUGCAGGAGUCUCAAUGACUGACAGCAGAGAGUUUUGUGUGGCUUGCCUACUGUUGAAAAUAAUGGUUUGUCAUCCAGAUUGAUCUGUGAGAAAAAAAUCCAAGUUCAGAAAAAGGUCUGAGAAAGACUGUUCUGUAGCUUUUCAUCAGUCACUUGGAAUGACUGCAGAUGUUCAUUCCAGAGGUUGGCCAGUAUAUUUGCUCAGAUCUCACUUUAUCAUAUCAUCAUGCACAAACUACAAGGAUCAUCUUUGAGUGUUCUUGCAACUAUAAAUGCUUGCCCGUUUGCACAUAACCAUUGUUUAAAAGAUUAUUAUUUAACUUAGUUUUUAAGAAGAACUGUUAAAUAACGGAGUCAGUAAAUAUUUACCAAACUGACUCGAAACAACUAUUAUCACUCGGAAAACAGAUAUGAUCUUUUACUUGAAUCACUGUAACGGAACGUGUCACCUCAGUGCUCGUUAAAGCUUCUUUCUGGACUUUGGACAUUAAACAUCCGGACACGGUGUUGUGUAGGGUUCCAUUGUUAAAUCUGUUGGUUUCACUCUUGAGCAGACACGCGCAGAGCUCCACCUGCAGGUCAAGCCGAGCACUGCGGCUCCCGGAGAGACACGGGCGGGGGAUGGAGGCGCAUCGAGCUGAUUAACGGUGGAGAAACGACAGCCGCAGCAUUGUCUGUUUACAUCGCUAUUAACUGGGAAGAUUUCUGUUACCUAUUCGGUGAUUAUUGAUUUACAGAGAUAGUAGGCUAUUUAGUAAGCUUAACGAAUACAUCCGAUGGCGACCGAAUGCAACCAAGAAGCGGUUUUAUAUUUCAUAAAGGAGAGAGGAGGACGCGUGAAAACCGUGGAUUUAACGGAUCAUUUUGGUGCGACAUUGCCUAAAGAUCCUGCAUUAAAUCCAGUGGCAAAGGAAGCGUUUAAACGCUAUGUAGACAGCGUAGCUUACUUUAAAGAGGAAAAUGGCGAGAAAUACGUUUGCCUUAAGAAUAAAUUUAGGAAAUCAACGGGUUCAAUCGAGAGUGACAGAAAUAGUCCAGCUGAUGAUCGCAAAUCCCGUGGAGAAAGAAGGCACGUGUCCUUACAGGCCUCUGAAAGCAAAAGUGGAGGAAAAGAAUUGAUGUUACCUGGCUCAGGUUGCGCAACUGGUAAUGCGGGAGGAGCACAAUCUGAGCCGGAUAUUUCAGUCAAGUUUCCACAGGGUGUGAACAGCAGCACAGAUUCUGAACUCAUGGGGAACUCGAGCAGCGGCACGGCGGAGGACAAACCUGCUUUAAGUGUGAAAAUAAGUCAACCCCAGGCGGCAGAGAAAGGUCCGAGAACCGAGAUAUCAGUGCGAGACUCCGACGGGACAUGUUUACAGAGAAAUGAAACACACACUGAUGAAUCAAAAGACGAAUCACAGGAUGAGGCUGGAAAAGAAAACAGACCUCAGCGUGUGAGAAUUCGGCAGAGCAAUAAACUGACCGAAGAAGAUCAGCCGGACUCCAUCAACGACACUCCGAAAAACAGCCGCAAACAUUUGGUCGAGGCUUUGACCAGCAGUUCACCUCAGGUUCGUCGCAGUGUUUAUCUCUCGGGCAGAUGUAAAGACUUUCCGCGGGGCGACAGCGACUAUGAGUCCGCCACAGUGACGCUCGAGCCGCUGGAGCACGAGUGGAUGAUGUGCGCGUCUGACGGACACUGGGAGAGUCUCCACCGGCUGCUGGACAGAGAGCCCAGCCUCCUGACCAGGAAAGACUUUGUGACAGGAUUCACAUGCCUGCACUGGGCUGCAAAGCUCGGGAAACACGAACUGAUGGUAAUGCUCGUCAACUUUGCCAAAGAACAUCACGUCACUGUGAACAUCAACGCGCGUUCCAGCGCGGGUUACACGCCUCUGCAUUUAGCUGCGAUGCACGAUCAUCUGGAGGUCGUCAAACUGUUAGUCGGAGCGUUUGACGCCGAUGUGGAGGCGCGAGAUUUUAACGGGAGAAAGGCGUGUCAGUAUCUGAAGAGUGAUAUUGGGCAAAACAUUCUGGACAUCGUGGGCGCGUGCGUGGAGUGUGACGCAGACAGCAUGGAUGUUGGAGACGCGAGUCGCUGGAGAUUGUCAAGAGUCAUUCAGUCCAACUUCAGACCUCUGAAAACUCAAAACCAUAACAGCAGCGAAGAGGACGGCAGCGGCUUGACUAAACAGAAGUCUCUCCGCAGGAAAUCUUCCUUUUCUAAAAUGAAACCCAAUCUUAAUAAAAUACGCAUGAGGUCGCAGAUAGUUCACAGCACGUCACUCUUUGAUAGAUUUGAGAAAGAUACAACAGAAGAGUCUCCAAACUUAUUAAGACCCAAAUCGAACCUCUUUGGAUGAAGAAAUACACCAAUUACACAGUAUAUACAGCUACAUUUGUACAUUUGCUGCUGUUGAUCACUGAGGGCUUUUUUUCUCUUGCUUUGCACAAUAUGUAUUGUGACAUUUAAUUUUAAAGUAGCCUUCCAAACAUUCAUGAUGAUAUGAUAUUAUUUCUCUUCCUUUAGGUGUUGAGCAGGUAAUAACAGAACACAACAUACAAUAUAUAAAACCUUUCUUUUAAGAGAGACUGUAAUGUUUUAUGGAUCCUGAAUAAUAAUGACUGUAACUUUAGCUUAGAAGAAACAGUUAAUUUUCGUCCUGUCACUUGUAAAUUACUGGUUUUAUUUUGUUAAAGGGGAGUAAAAAGGUGUUUGUGUAUUCAGAGUUGUUCACAGUGUUCAAGAGAUGGAUUCUCAUGCUAAGCAUGGCCAAAGUAAAAAAUAAUAAUAAUUUGGACGGAUUACAGAAUUUCUGUGCUGAAAAUCUUACUUCCGGGUUGAUACAAGUUUCGACUGUUUUUUUUUCCGAUCGUGGAUCUAAUAACGUAGACGAUGGUGGAACUCCUUAAAUGAGCAUUUCUCUCUGAAAAGCACACCCGCAGACACACGUCGACCAGAGGAGAGCGAGACCAAACUUAUAUUCCCACAUAUCCUUUCCAUAUCUUUUUAUCUUGUAUAUGGGUUAUCUGGAGCUUUCCCCAUAUUUAUUUGUGAUAUAUGUAAAUCUUCACUACUGUCAGCAGUUGCAGACUUUAUUUCACAGAAUAAUACUAUGAUUAGUGACACCUUUGCCAAAUUCAUUUAAAUAUAAUGAGGGAAACUUUAAUACUGGAUGUACUGCAUUCACAACCAUUUUAAGAUAUGAUAUUCAAGGCUUGUGGAAAAUGUUUAUUUAUUUACUGUUUAAUUGUUUGUAUAAUGUUCAAUUAAAGGGUUCA